AUGGGUAUAGGAGAUUUGGCAUUGGCAGAUAGAGAGGUUCUCGGAUACCUCGAGCCUGUUGCUGCGGAAAAUGAGUUUUUAGGAUGCAAAGAACCAUUAGCCGCCGUGGCUAUAACCAAAAACAAGUUGGUCAAAAUGGGACGAAAUGAGCGCGAAUGUGAUGUUGUUUUGAGCCAUCCGUCUGUGUCUAGUGUUCACUGCAUGUUUUGGGCCAUAAGAUUUGACGAAGACAGUGUUCCGAUGUACUACGUGAAUGACUGCUCGUUAAACGGAAUCCAGCUCAACGGAUUGUCAAUGAAACGGGGACAAACUUGUUUGCUGGAUGAUGGUGAUAUUAUCACGGUUCCAAACGCAAUUGAUUACCGAUUUGUAGCCCGUAUCAAGCUGACGACUAAUGGCCUCGUCGAACAGUUGGGAUUUCAAAAAAACGUCGAAAACUGGCACAUUACUUCCAAAGUGGUCGGCAGUGGAACUUUCGGCCACGUUUUAGUAGCGAACAAUACCGCAUUCGCCAAUUCCGGCCGUCAGGCGAUAAAUUUCGCAGUCAAAAUUAUCAAAAUGAAGCCCAGCAGAUUGGACAAAGAGGCAAAGAUUUUACUCAAACUCGCACAUCCCAACAUCAUCAAAGUACACAAAACUUUCGCAGGCUCGAGCGAUCACCUUUACAUAUUUCAGGACCUGAUCACUGGCGGAGACCUCUUCUCGUACCUUGCCAAGUCGGACUGCUUAUCUCCGGUCUCUGAGACUGAAGCAUUACUUAUCGUGUACCAGAUAUUGCAUGCCCUACGGUACUUGCAUUCGCAAGGUGUUGUGCAUCGCGAUUUGAAGUUGGACAACAUUCUUCUCUGUACCCCCGAGCCCUGUGCCAGAAUUGUCUUGGCAGACUUUGGUAUAGCGAAGGACCUGUCAUCGUCACGCUCCCGCAUGCAUACUGUAGUUGGAACCCCCGAGUACUGCGCUCCUGAAGUGGGAUUCAAGGCUGACAGAACAGCUUACAAGGAAUUUGCAAGAGCAGCGACCUUCGAACAGCAAGGAUAUGACGCCAAAUGCGAUUUGUGGUCGCUUGGUGUCAUCGCGCAUAUAGUCCUGACUGGCAUUUCACCUUUUUACGGAGACGGCUCCGAGGCUAGCAUCAUCAGAAACGCCAAAGUGGGGUCCUUAAGCUUCAGCUCUAGGCAGUGGAGCAAAGUUUCUGAUCACGCCAAAAGCUUUGUCCGUCGAUUACUGGAAAUUGACGUGCAGAAACGUCUCGAUAGUCGGUCUGCGUUCCAUCACUCAUGGAUUGCAAAACACAAGGGUCAACUUGAGAAGCUCUAUCACAAAAGAAUAGUCCAAGACGUCGAAACGACGCCUAAAGUAGAAGAGCUAGACUGGAAGAGAAAGCUGCCAAAAACUGUGAACCUUUCUCCUUCCACGGUUCCCAAAAAAAGAUGGCCAAAGUCCACUACUGAGACUUUGUUUUCCUGCCCUCGCGGACUCAUUCGACAAGGUAGCCCCAGCUUUUUAGAUGUCAUCGCAACUCGCUCUUCGACAUUGUGGAACUACUCUAAACUUAAUAGCAUUAUAGUCAAGCCAAUGUUAUGUUUUGAAUGCUCCUUGUACAAAAAGAGUAGGCAGAAGACAUGGUUGAUAGCCUGA